UCCGCAAUGGUUUUGAACAUUUUGUUUUGUUAUUAGAUCGAUAUAUAUCCUAACUGAAAUCUUGUGUAAGUUGUAGAAGUAGCCGUAUCCUUCGUGUUAUCUCUUGCUUGUGAAAACUGACAGAAUUGAAAAAAUUUCUAUAUUGUAUCCAAAAAUUGCAAUUGUUCUCCGAUUGAACCAAAAGCAUAAUGAAUAAACUUUGGCGCAGAAAAUUUGCGACCGCACAGCGUCGUCAUUUAUUUCAUAGUUAACCAAGUCGUUGUUUACUCCAAAAUGUGGAUGUAAUUGACCAGUUAUCGCGAUUCUUCACGCAUGGAUUAACACAAAUAGAUUAAAGCGGACGUUGCAAAAAGGUUUUGUCGCAUUCGUCUUCUGAAACAUGUUGGACGCCGAAGUUCUUUAGAGUGCUAUCGGGUAUUUUCAGAAUAUCGACGCACCGGCAGAAACAAUUUGCGACGCCGGUUGGUUGCACGCGCGCGGACUCUGAGCGACCAGAUUUUGAUAUUGUGCGUAGUUUUGUGAUAUUAUUUUAAUUAGUAUCAUUUUUCGUUUACGUCUGUUAGGUGAGUGGGUUGUUCGCGUGAUUUAAUCGCGCCUUCACUGGUGUAUAAAGGAAGCAUCAAGGAUGAUUCCUUAUACUUGGAUCGCCGUUUUCGUGAUAUUUACGGCAACGCUGUCAGUAAACGCUUAUAGGUGCGAUACGGACCCGACAGAUUUAAUCCAAAGAGACCACAAGUUGACCGGAGGAAAAUACUUACUGAAGAUCGAUGGGAAUCCCGCGGAAUACGUACCGAACGAACGAUAUCAGAUCACCAUAGCGCUAGACACAUUCGCGUUUUCCAACAUCACCAACAAGUUUAGAAAAUUUAUAAUCGCGCUGGAAUCACUGGCCAAGCCCGACGACGAAGACGUCUCCUAUCAGACAGGACGGUUCGAACUUGGAGAGGAUAUGCUCUCGAAAUUUAGCGAGACUUGCAAGGAUACCGUUACGGAAGUGAACUUGCAACCAAAAAGAAAGGUGAGCUUAUAUUGGAAAGCGCCUCCACCAAAAAGUGGCUGCGUAUCGAUAAAAGCGACGGUUAUCGAAUCUAGGGAACGCUGGUUCGCGGAAGACGACUCUGCCGCGGACGGAUUCCUCACGAAGACCCUCUGCGAAGACCUGAGCGACAAUGAGGAUACGUUUCCGGAAGUAUUAAGUUUUUGCAGUGCCUGCGAUGAGGCCAAAUACGAGUUGGCGUUCCAGGGCAACUGGAUUCGAAAUACUCAUCCCAAAGGAUUCCCUGGAGAUACGUGGGCGACGAAGUUUAGCGAUUUAAUUGGAGCUUCCCAUAAAAUGGACCACCAGUUCUGGAACGAUUACCAAGCACCCAGCGAUGGACUUAAAGAACUGGCUAUAACUGAAAACACAAAGAAACUGGAACUGGAGCUAAUGAGUAAUAUAGAAAACAUACGAACAAUUAUAAAAGCCAGGGGACUGGAACACCCCAACAUGCGUGGUUCGACAUACGCCAUUUUCAGGGUAGACAAUGAGAAUCACUUGGUGACUGUGGUUUCGAAAAUGAUCCCAUCCCCAGACUGGGUAGUAGGUGUUUCCAAUUUCGAGCUUUGCCAACCGGACGGGACAUGGAAAAAAUCAAGAACAGUUAAUUUGUACCCUCGUGACGUUGGAACGGACGAAGGCGUUGAAUACACUGAGAAAAAACCUUCUUCCGAUCCAGAGAUGGUCGUAAACCCGAUAAGUUCAUCGUUUCCAGAUGAUCCCAGAUCACCGUUUUACGAUGAAUCGGGUGAAAAAAUGCAACCUAUAGCGAAGCUCCAUUUCAAGUUGCAGAAAGUGUUCAGAAAGGAAUGUGAUCCGGAAAGAAUACAACCGGAAGAAGCAACUGAAUCGAAAGACGUGUCCAAUGAACAUCCACUAUUCUACAGACCCGCCACUUCCGGAACCUGUCAAAUAGUAGGAUGGAGUAAUUGGUCAACCUGUAGUGCAACCUGUGGGAGAGGUCACAUGACCAGAAGUAUAAGGUUUAGGAAUGAACCUGGGCCAAAUGACUGCCCCCAUAUAGUUAAGGAAGAGACUGUUGAAUGCGGAAGUAGCUGCCCCAACAGAGAAGAUGAGCCCUUUUGCCCCAACGUAAUAUGGGGAGCUUGGUCUCCAUGUAGUAAAUCUUGCGGAACUGGUACUAAGACCCGGUUGAGGGUACCCAGUCAAGAAGAAGAAGAUGAAGACAGAUCUAGUAACAGACCAUGUCCAAGCAAAGAAACAGUAGAAUGUAAUGAAGGAGAAUGCAAAAAUGAAAUUUAG